GCGUUGGAAAGAGGCUGUGAGUUGGAGCCAAAAUCAAUUCGCAGAAAUGCAAGAGGAAAGGAAUCGACUACUAGGAUAUGUGAACACUUUGCGAGAAAACGUAACGGCUGCUAUCAAGAAAACGCGCGGAAAUUUGCAAACGGCUAAAGAACAGCCAUGUGCGGACAAACCUAGCCCUGAGCUGGCUACAGUCUGUCCAGAUAACGCAGUAGAGAGUACACCAAGCCCUUUGGUAGUCACCCCUCUGAGUGACUCGGAGAACAUAUGUUGUUUCUCACCCCUCCGGCAAUCACCUGGCCAAACCGACCUGUCAAAGACGGCAGAGGGUUCUUCUGCAGCCAAUAAAAAAGCCAAGCCAGCCAAAAAGACCAACAUAUCCAGGGUACGGCUACCUCUGCAAACUAAGAACCAAAACCAGGCCGUUGGCCCAGAACAGAAUCCAGUGACCAUGCGAAAGAAGCGUAAAUUAAACACUGUUGGUCUCCUGUCCAAGGAAAAUAGACCUUAGUAAUACAAUUCAACCCACCCCCUCUUUUUUUUUUUUUUUUUUUUAAGAAAACAAAAUUCACAUUUCUUACUCUCUUGCUCUUGGUCUUACUCUUACCCUACACACACUAUUUUUUUAUGUAUUGUAUUUAUAAAUAUAUAUAUAUAUAUAUCUUUCACU